AUGGCAACAUCUUCUAGCUUUACAGACGACUCGGAAGCAMAGUUAACUUGUGCUAUUUGUAAAGGUAUCUUUAUCGACCCAAGGACACUACCGUGUGGGCAUACUUUCUGCUUUAAAUGCAUCAAAGCAUGGRACGAGACUUGCCAAAAAGAAAAGAAGACACUGACAUGCCCAACUUGUCGAGCAGCAGUCAACAUCGAAGGUGACAUCUCGAAGCGUCCUUCUUCGUUUACCGCGGACCAAGUCAAAAAGAGCAAGAAUGACGAAGAGAGCCAACAGCAGCAAUUUAUACCCUUGAAGAUCAUUGAUGUUGAAGAGAGGAUGUACAAUCCUAUUGCACUUGAUGUAAGUGACAAUGGCGAURUUGCUGUGGUUAAUCAUUCCCUUUAUACAAAUGAUUUCCGUGUUGUGUUGUACAAUGCUGAUGGAAAGCAUUUGCGAGACAUUGGUGGUGCAGGAUUACGAGAUGGUCAGCUGAGUCAUCCAACUGCAAUAAUCUUCAAUGAGGACAAAGUAGUCAUCACCGAUUCGGGGUCUGAAGGAGUUGUAUUGAGUUAUUCAUUAUUCCCAGUCAAUUUUAACCGUUAUUCAUUAUUCAAUAUUUACUGUCAGACAUCGACACCGAUAAUCAAGGUCAUUGUGGCGGUAUCAAGUUAUUUGACAUCGAUGGUACCUACAAAAGAACUCUUAGCAAACUACCUAAAGGAAUGA